AGCAAUUUGCGAAGGCCUCUCGGCCGAGCUGAGAGCUUUCAGUGGGAGAGGAGGCGGUGGAGAAGCCGGGCAGCACCUACCCAGCGGGCGCCCUCAUGCAGCACGCCCUGACCAGCGCCCUGCGCCUAACGCUCCCCUGGAGACCCCUCCGGGCCCGCAGCUACGCCUCGGAUGGAGCGGCCCGGGGCCCGGAGAUCCAAGUGCGCGCCCUGGCGGGUCCCGACAAAGGAAUCACUGAGAUUCUCAUGAACAGACCACAUGCCCGCAACGCCCUGGGAAAUGUCUUUGUCAAUGAGCUGCUGGAAGCUCUGGCCCAGCUGUGGAAUGACAAGCAAGUGCGUGUCCUGCUCUUCAGAAGUGGAGUGAAGGGUGUGUUCUGUGCAGGUGCUGACCUGAAGGAGCGGGAGCAGAUGAAUGAGGCAGAGGUGGGAGUCUUUGUCCAGCGGCUCCGAGGCCUGAUGAAUGAAAUUGCAGCCUUCCCUGCGCCCACCAUUGCAGCCAUGGAUGGGUAUGCCUUGGGUGGAGGCCUGGAACUUGCCCUGGCCUGUGACCUCCGAGUGGCAGCUUCCUCAGCUGUCAUGGGCCUGAUUGAGACCACCCGAGGGCUCCUCCCAGGAGCAGGAGGGACUCAGAGGCUGCCUCGAUGCCUGGGGGUGGCCCUAGCAAAGGAGCUCAUCUUCACAGGCCGUCGACUGAGUGGGAUGCAGGCCCAGGCCUUGGGGCUGGUGAAUCACGCUGUGGCCCAGAACAAGGAGGGCGAUGCUGCCUACCACCGGGCACGAGAACUGGCCCAGGAGAUCCUGCCCCAGGCCCCCAUUGCUGUGCGGCUGGGCAAAGUAGCCAUUGAUCGAGGAAUGGAGGUGGACAUUGCAUCAGGGAUGGCCAUUGAAGGGAUAUGCUAUGCCCAGAACAUCCCCACCCGGGACCGGCUAGAGGGUAUGGCAGCCUUCAGGGAGAAACGACCCCCUAGAUUUGUGGGCGAGUGAUUCCCAUUUAACCUCAAGCAUGGGAGAUGCGCACCUUCAAGUGCAGGAUCCAGAAGGAAAAUAUGCAGUGGACUGCCCUCAUUAUUUCACCUCUCCAGGCUUCAGUUUUCUCAAAGACAGUAAUGGAUAUAAAAUGACUGAUAUGGUGCCUAGUAAUAAGGUGCUGACCAAGCCACCUACUGUUGCCUUCCUUACUCCCCACCCUGGCUAAUCACUGGGGCUGUUUGAUUUGAAGAAUACCAGUCUUUCCCUACUCGAAUAACAAACUAAGGAUUAAAAUAGACCCCUCUGGGCCUUUGUAUUGUUGGCUUUCAGGCCUGAUCUCUGCCUCUCAGUGAUCAGGUGCUCACCAGAGAUGGCAAGAGGUAGUAAGAACACCCCCCCCCCCACCCCCGUUUCUAACUCUGUACAACAGAGAUCAUAGGGAAACCCUGGUAGGUGAGUAGGUGGGUGCCAGGACUCAGACCACAGAUUCCAGCUAUUGUGUCAGUUACUCACUGUGUGCCUCAG